AUGGCGACACCGCAGCCGGGCCUUCAAAUCGGGCCCCUGGCCUCAACCGUCGAGGUUGUAGGCUUCAUCGCUUUGACAGGCGCUGCUUGGUUCAACGGUGCCGAACUUCUGUGGACCAUCUUUUUGUCUUUCCAACGAUGGCGCGGUCGGUACUUCUCCUGCCUAGUAAUCGCCUCACUGGGCGUUCUCGUCUACCAAUCCAACGUCUUCCUCAUGAUCUUUGGAACGAAUGUCAAUUAUUAUGGUGUCAUUGCUUCGAUCAAUAUUGGUUGGGCGGCGAUGGUGACGGGUCAGUCCCUCGUGUUAUGGUCUAGACUUCAUUUGGUUUGCCGUAGCCAGGUCAAGUUGCGACUUAUCUUGUAUAUGAUCAUAGGAAACGCAGUGUGCCUUCAUAUUCCACAAACUGCUUUUUCCCUUGCCAUCAAAAAUGGCGUUCUUGACCCAACCUACAAACCGUUCGAACUCAUGGAAAAAAUUUCCAUUGCCCUCUUCACUGCCCAGGAGCUCAUCGUCUCAAGUGUCUACCUCAUGGAAACAGUGCGCAUCCUUCGCGUCGGCGAACUUGUUCAAAAGCGCAGCAACCGGCGCAAGAUCCAGCUCCUCUUCCUCGCAAAUGUCGCCAUCAUCUGCAUCGAUGUCAUUACCAUCACUCUCGAAUUCCUAGCCUUCUGGGGUGUGUGGUGCAGCUUCAAGGGCUUUGGAUACAGCGUCAAGCUCAAGAUUGAAUUUGCGAUUCUCAACCAGCUGCGCGAUUCCGUCAAGCAGUCGACGUCAAGCAGUCGGUAUGGCCAGGCUUCAGGCCAGAGUAUCAGUCUUUCUUCAUACGGCAGAUCGAGGAAGGGAUCGAAGCCAUCGGCGGUUGUCCUGGAGAGGCAGAAGUUCGAGGAGAUCGACGAUCAAGAUCUAGAUAAGAUUGUGAAGACGACGGAGUACUCGGUUCGGCACGAUAAUCACGCGACUACGGCGCAUUCUUUCGCGCUUCCGAUUCAGUCGACAACGCCAGGCGCAGAUCGCGGUGGGGAGCCCCACAGAAUGCCCUCAAAGUCGUCAUCCGAGGUCGAGUUUGCGAGCAAGGGGUUGUAG